AUGGGAUCUGCUGCCUCCGGUGCAACUGCCAAGGGCGCCUACGCUACUGAAGCCACCAAAGAGGACCCAUACAUCUACCAGCCAGGCUUCGGCAACCGCUUUGCCUCAGAAGCUUUGCCUGGCGUCCUUCCUGUCGGACAGAACAGCCCCCAACGCGUCAAGUAUGACCUAUACGCCGAGGGCCUUACUGGGGCUUCUUUCGUUGCUCCCCGUGCCGAAAACCUGAGCGCGUAUGUCUCCAACAUACUCCACCUCUGCUUGUCACUGAUCAUCUUUGAAGAUGGCUAUACCGCAUUCGACCAUCUGUCGCACACAGAGGCUUCACGAGACUGCCUGAUAACCCAGAUUCCAACGCAGCUAGCUUGGCGGCCCUUCGAUCUUCCACCCGACUCGGAGAAGGUCGAUUUCGUGCAAGGACUGAAGACGGUCGCUGGCAAUGGCGAUCCAACGCUACACGAGGGAUUGGCCAUCCAUAUGUAUCUGGCCAACACUUCAAUGGGAAAGAAAGCAUUCUGCAACAACGACGGCGAUAUCCUCAUCCUCCCCCAGCAAGGUCGCCUGGACAUCCAGACAGAGUUCGGGAGAACUUGGGGUGUACUGAACCUUCCCAUGAUGGCCCUUCGCAGAAUGAUGGUCCGUUCGGGAGAAUUGUGCGUGAUCCAACGAGGGAUGAAAUUUAAGGUGGUUCUUCCUGACGGGCCGUCCCGUGGCUACAUCCAAGAGAUUUACGGACAACACUAUGUUUUGCCUGAAUUGGGCCCGUUGGGAGGAUAUGGCCUGGCGAAUGCUCGUGACUUUGAGCACCCUGUCGCUUCUUUCGAUAUCGACCAAUCACCUUGGGAAAUCAUCUACAAGGUUGGCGGCCAGCUUCAUCUCUGCAACCAAGACCAUACUCCAUUCGAUGUUGUUGCUUGGACCGGAAACUAUGUACCCUAUAAAUACGCACUCGAGAAGUUCAUUAAUGUCGGAAGUAUCUCGAAAGACCACAUCGAUCCUUCCAUCUUCUGCGUCUUGACCGCAAAGUCGAAGCAACCCAAUGUUCCUCUAUGCGAUUUCUUGAUCUUCAGUCCCCGAUGGGACGUUGCGACUGACACAUUCCGUCCUCCGUACUACCAUCGGAACUCGUCCACCGAGUUCAUGGGUCUAAUCUACGGUGUUUACGAGGGGCGAAGUGACGGAUUCCAACCGGGAGGCGCCAGCUACGAGACUGGUUUCUGUCCUCAUGGAGUCUCCUAUGAGGAGUGGAAGAAGGCCACUGAAGACGAGUUAAAGCCUGUCAGAGUCGCUGAAGGAACGAUGGCAUUCAUGUUCGAAACUAGUAUGAUGCUGACAAUCUCAGACUGGGCGCUCAAACGCACCGGAAAGCUCCACGAGCAUGAGCCGGGUAUGUGGGAUGGCUUGAAGGGACGCUUCACCGAACACAUCGACGAGAUCAACAAGGAUCUGAAGGCCAAGGGCUUGCCUCCUCUGGGGGUUUCCAAAUGA